AUGUUUAAAGUGUUUGGUUUUGGUGCAAAGGAAGAGAUUCCUGAGCUUUCACAGGAAGAAAAAACUAAAGCCAUUCUAAAACAGGCUCAUGAUUUCGAACAGGCAUUGCGUGCAAUGGAUUAUGUCCUGGACGAUAACGCUGAUGAAGGUUUAGCUUUGCUGGAUGAGAGUGAUGCUAAAGAAGCAUCCGAUCAAACUAUCAAUGCGUUAGCUCGUGGUGUCAUUGAAUUUUUGGAGGCCACCCUAGGCUUUGAAGCUGAGGAGAUGAAAAAGGCUUCUGCCACUUUGGCUAAGGCAGAAACUUUAUCUUUGAAAAGUAGAGAAAAGGCCCAAAAGGUUGGAUUGAAGAGCAGUUCCCUGUACCCUCCUGGGACAGUUUAUGCUGUGACUUAUACCGAGUCAUGCCUUUUACAUGCCCUGUUAAUGAUCUUCAGUGAAAGUAUGAUGGAGGCGGCCAAGGCGAUUUUAAAGCUCAGAAAGUCGUACUACAUGUUACAAGAAAUCUUGGAAACUAUUAAAGCUGCUAAUAAAGCCAAGAAAUUGAAACUCUCGUCGGGCAGUGAAUAUAAAGAAUCUACGCCAGCAACUUUCAUAACUGGUGGUGAUGCGUUCAAUUCCGUUGAUAUACCUUAUGAACUGACACCUGAAGAACAAAAGGAUAAAGAUCUUUUACUGUUUGCUGAACAGAUACAUAGCAUGAGGACUGAAAGAUUAUCCGGCGCCCAUAUCGGUAACUCUCCUGCAAUUAAUAGGUUGAGAGGUGAACUAGGACUACAAGCAAUGGAAGACUUGCCAAAGAAGGAAAUAACGGAUCAUCAAGUUCUCUCGGAUGACAUAGAUUUAAGUCAAGCCACAAUUGACGAGUUUGUUCAUUCUGGUGUCAAUUUAUGUUUUGGUAUUUUACAAGUUGUGAUAUCACUGUUGCCACCUGCUAUUGGUGCAGUCCUGUCUGUGGUUGGAUUCAGGGGUUCCAGAGAAGAAGGUCUCAGACUUGUUUGGAAAGCCACAAAGCAAAGAAACGUACAUGGCUGUAUAGGUUUGUUAGCUCUAAUGUUCUAUUAUGAUGGGCCUUUCCAAUUCACUGAUGAUGAUUUUGAUAUUCCUGCAGCAGUUAAGGAUUCCAGUCACAGUGAAGAUUCAGACGAUGAGGACAUGGAUGGCCCUACGCUGUUGCAUCCUGGGAAAAUACUGGAAGAUGCGUUGUUGCAAUCGAGGGCACUAUUUCCCAAUAGUGCACUAUGGUUGUUGAAUGAGGCAAGGAUGCUAUCUGGUAAGGGACGUUUAGAGGAAGCGGUCGCGUUGAUGGAUUCGAUUGACGUUAGCAAGAUACGGAUGAGACAGGUCAAGUCCUUGAUGAUUUUCGAUCGUGCUAUCACAUUGAUCCAUUUGCAUCAAUACGAUAGAGCCGCAGAAGAUAUUUUAUCUCUAUUAGACAUCAGUGAUUGGUCACAUGCCUUUUACACAUAUUUUGCUGGCUGUUGCUAUCUAGAAAAUUGGAGACUGUGCGAAAUGGGAAUAAUGAAGUCUGACAAAAAGGAUGAAUACCAAAAGAAGGCCGAAGAAUUUAUCUUCACGUCGGUGAAUUUGCUAGGUAAGAAAACCUUUAAAUCAAAAAACCUGCCACUAGAUAGGUUUAUACUGAGAAAAGUUGAGCAAUUUAAGGCGAAAAAGGAGGAACUUGGGGUAGAAAAUCCAUUGGAUGCUAUCGCUACUUCGCCGGUGCACGAAAUCGCCUACUUCUACAAUGGUUACAAUAGAAUGUCUGAAGAGCAUUUAGAGCUGACGAAGAAAAUGCUAACCGAGUAUAGAAACCCUGCCAUUGAAGCUCUAGACCCAGACCAAGAGUUAAUCAAGGAUCUCUUGGUUUCUUUGACAUUUAGAAGGCUAGGCCAUAUCCAAGAAGGAUGUGAUAUACUAGACGAAAAGGUUUUACCUAAAUUUUUUUCCAUUCAAAACGGCAAGGUCAAAUAUACAAAGAAGAAUGAAGAUCCAUGGGCUUAUCCAACCGCGCUUUAUGAACGUGCCCUAUUUACGUGGAAAUUAAAGGGUAUGGAUGGUCUCCCAGAAAGUAAAGAAUGGCUAGUGAGGGCUCAGGGCUAUGCAGAUGAUUAUGAAUUGAGUACUCGAGUGGGUAUGAAAAUUAAAGCAGCCAUUGACCGGGUUGACCAUUCAUUAUAA